AUGGGAGUGCUGCCAACAUCACUGCCGCCUACUGCGCCUGGCGAUCUCCCGUCCAUGGGAACACAAGACGAUUACGCUUCCAGCAGUCUUGCAUACGACUUGAUCAGGUUCACGCCUGCGCCGACUGUCAUCUUAGAUGCAUCGCUCUUCGUGCGCCAUGUCUCAGAUUCUUAUGUGAUUGUUUCAGAGGCAAGCGAUCGCGUCAAGCUUGUAGGCCGACAUGCGGAUGACAUUUUCGACGUCAAAUUUACCAUCCCAGCAUUCACUUCAGCUCGUGAGCUAGUAAGCACCGCAUGUCGAACCGGGAAACUACAGCAGACGAAAGUUGUGACAGAUAAGGGUGUUGCCUGGAGCUUGAGAGCUAUCCCAAUUAUCCGCCAAGGAACUUUGCGCUGCGUCCAGAUGGAGUUUUUCGACAUUACUGAGGACCAUAGGCGGCAGCUUGAGUUCAGGGAACGGUCCUAUCAGAACGAAACAUUUCACCUGCUGGUAGCGACUAUCAAGGAUUAUGCCAUCUUCAUGCUGGACCCGACUGGGCAUGUGGCGACUUGGAAUGCAGGCGCCCAAGGAUUUAAAGGAUACACGCCUUCUGAGAUCAUCGGCAAACAUUUCUCAACUUUCUAUUCCCAAGAGGACCGCGAUAAUGACAAACCAGGAAGAGAGUUACGAGAUGCCCUCCGCGACGGAAGAUGCGAAGAUGAGGGUUGGCGUUUCCGCAAGGAUGGCUCCAGAUUUUGGGCAAACGUCGUCAUCACACCGGUAUACAAGGACAAUGUUUUGCUCGGCUUCUCUAAAGUCACAAGGGAUUUGACGGAAAGACGGAAAGCAGAGAACAGUCUUAUCGCCGCCUACGAGGAGGCGUCGAAGCUCAAAUCGGAGUUCCUGGCCAACAUGAGCCACGAGAUCCGCACACCCAUGCACGGCAUGCUGUCCGCGCUAACGUUGCUACUUGAUACGAAACUGGAUAAUAAUCAACGAGAGCUUACACGGAUCAUCCAAGAGUCUGGAGACGUGCUUCUCCAGCUGAUCGAUGACUUCCUGGAUUUUAGCAAGCUCGCUUCAGGUAGCUUUUCCAUCAGCAACGACAUCAUAAGCGUGAGUGAUGUCAUUCAGUCAGUAUUCCGAGCACAUCAGACCUGUCACAGUCCUGAUGUCAAGUUGGAGAUUGAACUGGACGACAAUCUACCAAGGUCAGCUGAAGGAGACUCUUUGCGUUAUCGACAGAUAGUACAGAACCUUCUAUCAAAUGCGACCAAAUUCACCGAGCAGGGCUACGUACGCAUCGUGGCUCGCCUACAAAAAGAAGACCAAGACUACUUCACUAUCUUGACGGAGGUGAUAGAUUCUGGCAUCGGCGUGCCAGCAAGCGGCUCACAAACGCUAUUCACCCCUUUUACUCAAAUCGACAACUCUACAACGAAGAGGUACAAAGGCACAGGAUUAGGCCUGAGCAUUUGCAAGUCUCUGGCUGAGCUCAUGGGUGGAAAUAUUGGCUUUCAUCCUAAUCCCGAAGGUCCUGGCAGUGUGUUCUGGUUCACAGCCAGGCUCAAGAAAUGCAAUCAGCUCAAGGCUCUAGAAGUCCUCCAAGAAGGGAUGGCUGGACUGAAGAUCUCAUCACCCGCAGUGGCCGACCCUAUGGAAACACUCAAAUCAGUUACUGCCAAUAAACGUUUGCUACUAGCGGAGGAUAACGCUAUUAAUCGGAAGGUCAUGACACGGAUGCUCGCAGGCUUAGGAUUUGACGAAGUUGACACGGCAGCGGACGGUAAAGAAGCUGUCUCCAAAGCGUUACAGAAGCCUGGAUACGACCUGAUUUUGAUGGAUGUCAACAUGCCUAUUCAAGACGGUCUUAGCGCUACCAAAGAUAUCCGGGCUAAAGGACUGCAGGUUCCCAUCGUAGCGAUGACAGCAAACGCGCUCAAAGGACAAGCAGAAUCAUAUAUUGCUAAAGGCAUGACGGGUUACAUUGCCAAACCAGUUGAUAGAACCCUUCUGAUAAAGCUUCUGAUCGGAUGUUUACAGCAGAACGUUGCCGGCUGA